AUGUCCCCCGCGCCGCCCCCGAAGCUGCCCUUCUGGGCGCUUCUGCAGGACCAGAGCGACAUUGACAGCCAGGCUCGCCUGAACCAGUCCGGGGUCUAUAAUCUCAGCGACGGCGAGAAGAAAUGGGUCGCUCGACAGCCCGCCCUCUACGCACGCGGCUACUCGCUAAGAAGCCGCUACGUCCCGGGCUGGAAGCCGUCCUGGAUAGGCACCAACCGACGAGCGUUGUUCUGCGAGGAUUCAAUCAGGUUCAUAGUACCAAAUGUUCUGGAUGCUACUCGACGCGAAGACGGGCAGCUGGUGGUCAUCAAGACAGUACGCAGACCUCGGGAGCUGGACGUCGUUCACUACAUCGCAGCCCUGAAGAAUCCACGAAGCCAUUGCAUACAUGUCUUGGACGUCUUCCCAGAUCCUGUCGAGCCCGGCAUCACUUUGAUGGUCAUGCCUUAUUUGCGACCUUUCAAUGAUCCUCCGAUGGCUACCAUCGAGGAGUUGUUCGUUUUCAUUGACCACACCCUUGAGGGCCUGUCUUUUCUGCAUCGACAUCGCAUCGCACAUCGAGACAUAGCUCCUUUGAACGUCAUGAUGGAUGGCCACGCUCUCUUCCCUGAAGGCCACCAUCCUGCUCGAAUUGCAUCGACGCCCGACGGCGUCCGCGAUGCGAAAUUUGUCUCGCGUUCAAAGCCUGGUGUCGCUGUGGAGUACCUUUACAUUGACUUCGACUGUGCCAGCAUGUUCGCCGAGGGCGAGUCUCCGAUGGUUCUUGGCGACAUAGGUCGCGACGCGGAGGUCCCCGAACUAUCCGAAACUGUGCCGUACAACGCGUUCAAGGUCGACAUCUUCGCACUCGGGAACCUGUACUUAAAGGAGUUCGUUGCGUUGUACAAACACCUGGAGUUUCUCGAUGGCAUGAUAAACAGGAUGAAACAACACGAUCCGCAGGCGCGACCUACCGUAGACGAAGUUGUCAAAAUGUGGGAAAAGAUCCGCACCGACAACCAGAACAGAUCAUCAUGGCGUUUGAGCUUGAAAUCCGAGACCUCAAUGUCACGACUUAUAGACGGCAUCCACGACGUUGCCAUGAGCGGAAUAGGAACCGUACUCAAUUACAUCGCUUAA